AGUGUCACUCUGUCUUGUCCAAGGAGAACACAGCCAUGGCUCUGUAUCUCGCUGUCCUUCUGCUGUUUCUGAUUGGUGGAGCACACACAGAGGCCCCGCCCAACUGCUUGGCUGGUGUCCCUGGUAACCCCGGACACAAUGGGCACAAUGGCAGGGAUGGGAAAGAUGGGAGUGAGGGAGUCCCAGGACUCAAGGGGGACAGAGGAGAACCAGGGGUGCCAGUCCCAGGGCCUCCAGGCAAGAUGGGUCCUGCUGGGGCCACCUGGUCUGAAAGGAGAGAUGGGGGGAAUGGGGAUGCCAUAACUGAUCCUUUGACCAAGUCCUUGCAAGCAGAUGUCCAGACUUUGAGAUCCAGGUUGUCUCUUAUAGAGAAAGCUACAAGUUUCCGCAUCUUCAGGAAGGUAGGAAUUAAGUACUAUGUGACUGAGGGGUGGGAAGACACAUUUGAUGCUGGUCUGAAGCUCUGUAGAGAUGCUGGAGGUGAUCUUGCUUUGCCAAAAAGUGAAGAGGAGAACCAAGGUCUUGUGAAGGUGUUAUCAGAGUUAAAGGCACUUGCUGGAUGGAUUAGGGCAACAGACAGGAAGACUGAAGGGACCUUUUUUGGACGAGGAUGA